ACCCCGUCAUUUUCAGAAAUCCCUUUCCCGGGACACGCACCCGCUCGCUCGCCUCGCCUCGCCCCCCUCGUCCGUUCCAGUUCCACCCAGAUUCACAAACCCGCCACUGCAACUCCUUUUCGCGGCAGCAAACAAGAUCGCCGGCCGGCGCGGCGCGGCGCAGCGAUGGACGCGGGCGACCUCUCCAUCGUGCACCACAUCGGCCUCGUGCUGCUCGCGCUGUGGGCCGCCGCCUCCUUCGGCUGCUGCCACUCCGUCGUCUUCCUCAUCGCCUUCCUCUACCUAUACAUGGUAAAUGCCCGCUGCGCAAUGAGACUGCGGAAGCGAAUACAACAUGCGGAAAUGAAAUCUGCCUACCAACAAAGACUGCUUUCUGAUGGAGAAUCAGUACGUUGGUUAAAUCAUGCAGUCAAAAAGAUGUGGCCUAUCUGUAUGGAGAAGAUUGUUUCACAACUUUUACGGCCCAUCAUACCGUGGUUCUUGGAUAAGUUCAAACCUUGGAUAGUUAGUAAAGCAAGUGUCCAGGAGCUUUACAUGGGUAGGGAUUCACCAAUAUUUACCUCGAUGAGAGUUCUGCCUGAGACAUCAGAUGAUGACCAUUUGGUUUUGGAGCUAGGGAUGAACUUCCUAUCUGCUGAAGAUAUGAGUGUUGUGCUUGCCAUGCAGCUGCAUAAGAGUGUGGGACUUGGAAUGACCGCAAACAUGCAUUUGACUAGGAUGCAUGUCGAAGGAAAGGUUUUACUUGGUGUGAAGUUUGUUCGGAGUUGGCCAUUUCUUGGCCGUCUAAGACUAUGCUUUGUGGAGCCUCCUUAUUUUCAAAUGACGGUAAAACCACUCGUUGGCCACGGACUUGAUGUCACUGAGUUUCCAGGAAUUUCAGGAUGGCUGGAUAAGUUGAUGGAUACUGCAUUUGGGCAGACAUUAGUUGAGCCCAAUAUGCUUGUCAUCAACAUGGAAAAGUUCUCAUCUACUCCUUCUGAAAAUAACUGGUUCAACAUUGAGGAGAGACCUCCUGUUGCAUAUGUGAAACUUGAGAUUUUGGAAGGGCUUGACAUGAAACCAGCUGAUAUAAACGGGCUGUCGGACCCUUAUGUCAGAGGUCGUAUUGGUCUUUUUAAAUUCCAAACUCAAAUACAGAGGAAAACAUUAUCUCCUAAAUGGUUUGAGGAAUUCAAGAUACCCAUCACGUCGUGGGAAGCAUCAAAUGAACUUGUUAUGGAAGUUCGCGAUAAGGACCACAUGUUUGAUGACUCGCUUGGAGAAUGUACCGUAGACGUAAAUGAACUGAGAGGUGGACAAAGACAUGACAAAUGGAUAUCGCUGAAGAAUGUCAAGAAAGGAAGGAUCCACCUGGCUAUAACGAUUGAAGAUGUAUCAGAGGAGACGGAGGCAACAACGAGUUUGGAAGAAUCACCAGCGAAAACUGAUGCGAAACUGCCACUGCCCACCUCUGCUGAUAGCAAGUCGGAUGCUGCUAAGCUGCUUGAAGAAAGGAAAGUUAUACUGGAUGAAGUUGAGCACAUUGACUUUGAUGGACAAGAGCAACCUGGAGGUGUAUAUGUACAUCGCCCUGGAACUGGUGUUCCCCAGACAUGGGAAUCCAGGAAAGGACGGGCACGUAAUCCAGACACGGAGAUCCUCCAAGAGGUUGACAUAUCAAAGGAAGCCCCUCCUACUCCUACCCCAAAGAGUGGUCGUGGCGGUAUGUUCAAUAUGGGCUCAUUUUUCCGGAGGAACUCGAAGAAGGGGAGCUCUCGCGAUCUCAUUGACCCUAGCAUCCCCACAAGUCCUGGUCCUCAGAGUGCACCAGAGCUUGAUCCGAACCUCCCGCGGACCCCGCGUCAAGGUUCGCCGGAUCUUGAUCCGAAGCUCCCCCGAACCCCACGUCCCAACCUGAAGGAGCUUGGCGAGAAGCGGACAUCGAUAAAGAUUGUGGUCAGCGACGAUGCAAGCAAAGGAGGAGACGCGGGAAGUUUGACAGAAGAUAUGGUGAAGGUGGUGGAGAAGAACGCAGGGGAGCCGGGUAGAUCACUGACAAGCACACUGAGCAGGAAGAUCUCCAUGAAGAGACGGGACGACAAGACGCCGGAUGUCCCGGAGCAGGCCGAUGCGUAUGGACGUGAGUUGGUGGUGAAUGAAGGGCCUGUUACAAUAGAGGGUAAGCCGAUGGAUGUCCAUCCCACAACGGAAGAUGGCAAUGUGCAGGAUGUUGCCGUGGAGGCAGAAAAUACUACUCGGGCUUCAUAAAUCAGAAGAGUGGAUGCAAGAUCAGCAAUUGGUACAAAAAUUCUCUGUGCUUGUUGUCCAUAUGGGUGAAGAAUAAAGAACUUAGAGGUGGUUGUAGAAUGUGACGAACAGCAGUGUGCUGUGCGCCUCUGCACUCGUAGCUAGGUGAGUGACCAUGUUGUAAGAUGGAUUUCUGGACAAAUCAGGUGUAAAGAUGUAAGAUUCCCAAACAAUCUGUACGUAUAUAUAUACCCAGACUCAUGUAUGUUAAUGGAAUUAGUGCUAUUUUCCACGUAAA